AUGUCGUCGCAAUCGCACUCGUACCAGCCAUCGCCGCCUGCCUCGCCAGGCUCUGGCAUCCGGCACCAACCCACACCCGACGCUUCUGCCUCGUACCAAUCAAACUCGAUGCGAUCGCCCGGCUACCCAUCCCCACCCACCUCUCCUCCUCACAUUGUCGCGGACUCUUCGGAAGCUCCCCAGCGCAAGCCGUACGCUUCGGGCGUGCCAUCAGCCGCCUACCCAAGUAUGGCCAGUGCCGGCGCCGCCAUGCUUCCGCCCCCCACUUCCUUCCAUCAACAUCCGCCCAGCAAGCUCGCCACAGGCGGCCAGUCGCAUUCACAUCGUCCAGUAUCGGCCAUGCCCACCCCCACCGAACAUGUCACCUCGGCGUCGCGCAAUGCUGCUUCGGCUACCCCAGACGCUUCCAACGUCUUUGCCAGCAUGAACGCCAAUUACGCCGAAAGAAGGGCCAGCGCUCACCCCACCAUGUCCAGCAGCCACCACGGUUCCUCCACGCCCGCCGCUGCCACCAUCGACCCCACCACGAGCCAAGCCAUCUCUUCCGGCAUCCCCAUUACCUCUCCAGCGGCUCUCUCCUACUUUGCCGCUCAUCCUCGUCGCCAGCAGGUCCACUUUGGCAACUAUCUUCUGCUGCAAACCCUUGGCGAGGGCGAAUUCGGCAAAGUCAAGCUCGGCGUCCACAAGGAGUGGGGCGAGGAGGUCGCCGUCAAGCUCAUCAAACGCGACAAGGUCGCCACCGACGCUGCUCCUCUCCACCUCGACGAUCCGGCUCAAAAGGACCCCGCCAAGAUGACCAAGGUCGAACGUGAGAUUCAAGUCCUCAAAGACGUACGCCAUCCCAACAUUGUCCGUCUGUACGAAGUCAUCGAAUCCGACCGCUACAUCGGUAUCGUACUCGAAUACGCAUCGGGUGGUGAGCUCUUCGAUCACAUCCUCGCCCACAAGUAUCUCAAAGAAGAACACGCCUGCCGUCUCUUUGCCCAGCUCAUCUCGGGUGUAUCCUAUCUCCACCAGAAGAAGAUCGUCCAUCGAGAUCUCAAGCUCGAGAAUCUCUUGCUCGACCGCAAUCGCAACGUCAUCAUCACCGACUUUGGCUUUGCCAACAACUUUGAGGACAAGCGCGACGACCUCAUGGCUACCAGCUGCGGCUCUCCAUGCUACGCUGCUCCCGAGCUCGUCGUUCAGGACGGCCUCUACGCUGGUUCGGCAGUGGACGUCUGGUCGUGUGGUGUCAUCCUCUACGCCAUGCUCGCAGGCUACCUUCCCUUCGAUGACGAUCCGGCGAACCCAGACGGAGACAACAUCAACCUGCUCUACAAGUACAUUCUCGCCACCCCUCUGUCCUUCCCCGAGUACAUCACCGCUCAACCACGCGACCUGCUUUCCAAGAUGCUCGUCCCUGACCCGACGCGCCGCGCCACGCUCGAACAAGUCAUGCAGCACAGCUGGCUGCGCAACUACCGCGAGCUCUUCAAAUUCUCCGUCGACGACCUCGAGCGAGCUGCCAUGGAACAGCAGACCAAGAAGCGCCAGAUGUACCGCCAGCAGAUGAUCUAUCAACAGCACCUGCAGGAGCAACAGCGUCGUCAACACAUGGAGCGCAGCCAGUCGGUUCGUCAGAACGUCUCGCACCUACCCAUUGGCACCGCUUACACUGCCAACACAGCUGUGGCCGCUGGUAACGCUGCUCAUCGACAGACUCUGCCUGUCAGUGCCACCGUCCCCGACCGCCUUUUCGAACCCGUCGGCAGUGCCAGCCGCGGUGCUGACCACGGCGUUGCAGCUUCGCGAGCCGCUGUUGCAGCCAUGCAGCCUUCGGCCUCUACAGCAUCUCCGGAGGCCCUAAGCGCACCCUUACCGCGAGCUACUACGCACAACAACGUCGCCAGCGUUGGUGUCGCAUCCCAUGUCGAUCCCGUCACAGCGGCUGGCAACGCUCGCGGAGAGCCUCGUACUCGUCUGGAAGAUCCUGUUGCCGCCAAUGGCACCGAAAUGCGACAGACGGCCGCCCAGAAGGUGCAGCGUCACACUAUCCAGCUCGAGUACGGUGGCGAGGAGCGCUCUCGCAAGGAAUCGGCCUCCACUGUCGUCGCCUCGCCCCCCGCCUCUCGUCAAGCUUCGCAGACGCAGCGCAAUGUCAGUGCAAGCAGCACCAGCUCCCGAAGCUCCGAGAGCGAGCGCGCACGAGCUGCUGCCGAAAAGCUCGCCGCUGCUGCCGUACUGCCUUCUGUUCCUCAGCCUGCCGCGGUCAGUCUCGCAGCCACGUCUACCGUCAUACCUCAAAGCGAACAGGCGAUUGCCGGCAGGGCGGCCGCCCCCGACAUGAUGCGAUCCGUCUCGGCGAGCUCAGCUUCUCGCGUAUCCGUACCCCCCGUCAUUAUGGAGCAGGCUCAGUCCGCUGCUUCCGCUCAACGCAGCACGCCGCCGCCCGCUUCGAGCUCUCGAAGCCGCGUUCCCAGUUCCGCCAGCGUCCACAGCCGCCAGCACACGGACAACCGGGGCACCGGCCACGGCGCUCGUAUUCCAUCGAGCGCCAGCCAGCGCGUCGUCUCAUCGCAGAGCGCCGAUAGCGAACCUGUUGGAUUCCCUUCGUCCUCCACUGAGCGGGCCCUGCCUUCAGUCGACAGCGCUGCCAGCCGCACGAGCGCCUCGCGACAAACGAACAAAGGCCCUGAGACGAGCACCGGCACGACCAGCCCUCCCUCUGCCACCCGACCAAUUCCGAGUGAAAAGCCUUCUGCUCCAACUGCGGCUACGCGCCACCGCAAGGGCAUGUCGACCGACAAAUUCUUCCUUUCGCGUCUCUUGGGCUCCACUGGCGCCACUGCGGCCAACGUCACAAGUGCAGCCGGCGACAAGUCAGCCGUCAACGGCAGCAGCGAAGCUGUCAGCGACAGGAGCAAGAGGAACAGUGUUUCGCGACCAGCUCCGGAACGCGCGCCCAGCACUAGCAGUGCCACCAGGAGCAGUCGACGCAAGGCGAUGAGUCUCGUUGUCGGUCGUGCGCCCAGCGACGCUUCGCCGGCUGUUGACGGUGGUCACGAUGUCCACCAGGCCCGCAUACCUCACUCGGUCACACAGGCCACUUUUGGCGAACAGCUUGCUGGCAGGAAGGAUGACACUUCGGCUUCGUCUCAGCAACGCAUCGCCGCCACGGAGAAGCAACGCAAAGGGACCGUCAGCCUGGCAGGUUCCGGCAAGCAGACGCCAUCCUCUCGACCAUCCACGAGCAGGACGCGUCCGCAGCCGUUGCAGCCUUCGAACCAGCAGCCGCAACAACAGAACGACAAGACGUUCUACGAUGGAUCGACGAUCGCAAGCUCCUCGACGACCGGUCCCUCGAGUAACGCUGCGAAGAAGGUCAUGGACUGGUUCCGCAAAAAGAGCCUGUCGCGUGGCACCUUCAAUGAGCAGCCGCCGCUUGGACCGUUUGAACGAUCGCCCACGUCAUCUCAGAUCCAUGCUGCAGCCUCUACGACGCCUUCGGUCGUCGUGACGAGCGCUCCCAACGGCGCGAGCCGUCACGCGGAAGCGCAGACGGGCAGUGGCGAGGGGCACAGUGGUGCUUCGUCGGUGCCCUCCUCGCGAUCCACCUCGGGGACGCACAGCGAGAACAGCGAAGCCACCGAACUGACGCAGCUCACCAACAUGAGCGAUGCCUCUCACACGGAGAGCGAUGGUAUCAAGUCGAGUGCCUCAACUGUUCAGCAGCAGGCGACGCCGAAAGCAUCGCUCUCGGCAGUGUCGAACGUCUCGAACGCAUCUUCGAGCGCUGAGCCUUCUGUCGCCAGUCCUGUGACCAGACGCUCGCAGCAACAGCAGCAGCAGCAGCAGCAGCAGCAGCAGUCGCAGCCGUCACGCCAGUCGCAGCGAUCGAAGGCUGCUACCUCUGCAUCGACCGCCACGGUGCCCUUCAACGAAGCGCGCCUGCGCUACCAUCUUGGUGCAGUGGAUCAAUCCGCGCUCACGUCGAGGUCGCCCAUCGAGGUGCUGCGGGAAGUGCAGCGCGUGCUGUACGAGAUGGGCGUCGACGUGCGUGCCGAAAAGGACGAAGACUUCAAGCUCGAGUGCGUCCGCCGCAAGCGAGCCAAGACGCUGAUGAGCGCCACGCAAGGGUUCGGCAUGAGCCUGCGCAGCUCCGUCUUCCCGCCCACGCAGGCCGACGUCGAGCGGUCCUCGCGCAUGAGCCACCGCGACUCGCUCACGCCCAGCGCCAGCACCGCCGGAUCGCUGCGGAGCUUCCUCAAGCGGUCCUCGCUGCAACCGACCAGCCCGAAGCUGUCCACCUCGCCGCUGCCCGCGUCGUCGACCACGGCGAGCAACCUGCACGCGCUCGCGUCGCAGGACGAGAACCAGCCACCGCCGCUCUACGGAGACGCCUCCGUUGACGGUGGCCAGGAGAUCCGCUUCUCGGUCGAAGUCACGAGGAUCAAGAAUCUGCCCGGGCUGUACAGCUUGGACAUCCGCAGGAUGAAGGGCAACCUGUGGGCGUACAAGUUCGUCUACCAGGCGCUGCUGGACCGCUGUCAGUUGGGAAGCAGCUCCGCAUAA